AUGCACCUGCAGCACCUGGAGGAGCCCGUGCUGGAGCAACGGCAGAACUUUGUGGAAAAGGCUGUUUUGUGCAGCUCCACAGCACAGGAACCCAACGGGGAGGAAAAGCCCCGGAGAUCCCUCACGAGGAGGGGCUGCAAACGCAGAUCACGGGGAUCUGAGGAGGAAAGACCCACCCUGGGCUGGGGAGGCGGCCAGAGCUCAGAGCUGGAGGUCCAUGAGCAGCUUCAGGAUGGGGAGAUGCCCCACAAGUGCUCAGAAUGUGGGAAGAGCUUGAGCAACAGAUACGCCCUGAUCCGCCACAUGAGAAUCCACACGGGGGAACGGCCCUAUGAGUGUGGACAGUGUGGGAAGAGCUUCAAGGCAAACUCCGAACUGACCAGACACCGGAGGAUCCAUACAGGAGAACGGCCCCAUGAGUGUCCCCAGUGUGGGAAAAGCUUCUGCAAGCGUGCUACCCUGAUCAUACACCAGAGGAGCCACACAGGGGAGAGCCCCUACUAUUGUGGAAUGUGUGGGAAGAGCUUCAGCCAUAGUUCCAGCUUGAUCGUCCACAUGGUAAUCCACUUGGGGGAACGGCCCUACAAGUGCGGGCGGUGUGGGAAGAGCUUCAGAAGGAGCUACGAAUUGACCAGACACCAGAGGAGAAACAAAGGGGAACAGCCCUACAAGUGUCCUGAGUGUGAGAAGAGCUUCUGUGAGCGUGUUGACCUGAUCAAACACCAGAGGACCCAUGUGGGGGAAGGUCCCUAUGAGUGUCCUGAGUGUGGGAAGAGCUUCUGCAAGCAUGCUGACCUGGUAACACACCAGAGGACACACACCGGGGAGAGGCCCUAUGAGUGUGGUAAAUGCACGAAGAGGUUUUACACCAAGUCCGAUCUCGUCAAGCACCAGCGCACUCACACAGAUGAGAGGCCCUUCCGCUGCCCCGACUGUGGGAAGGGCUUCCAGCAGAACUGCACCCUCGUCAGUCACCGGAGCAUCCACGCUGGCAAGAAGCCCUAUGAGUGUUCUGAGUGUGGGAAGAGCUUCUCAGAGAGCCCCUGCGUCUGGGGCUCCUGGGCUGUCCUUACCAAGUUCUCGGCCAACUUCAUCCGCCGCUUCUUUCUCAGCAGCUCCUCGAGAUCCCUCCUCCUCAGGAAGCGUGCCACACAAAGCAGGGCUUUGCCAGAGACCUGGAGAGCAACAGAGAGCCGCAAGUGGCACCAGAGCCCAGUUCUCCUGAAGUAUCAGGUGGAGCAAGGGGAGCAAGGGGAGCAAGGGGAAUCUGUAGAGAAGGAUCAGAGCCUGUGGGAGCGCAGCCCCGUCUGUGCCUACCAGCUCAGAAACACUUCUUCCCGCGGCUGCGCUGUGUUGCAAGGCAACAGCGACCUGGCAGCCAGUUUGUCUCCCGGCUCCACGAUCGCCCCUCUGCGCUCUCCCCACUCCAGGGCUCCCGAGCUCCCCUCGGCUCUCCCGGGCAUCCCCCAGCCCAAGAUCGCCCCGUGCCUGCCGCCCAGCUCGGGCAAUGCUGACACCCAAAAGCAGCCGAGCUCUGCCCUGGGCGGGUUCCGAAACAGCACGGCAGUGAAACUGGGCAGUGAAACUGGGAGCAUUGGGAAAGAUCCUGAGAGCAGUGGGAAGGAAUUGGGAGCGCUUUCCCUGCCAGUCCCGCUUUUACUGGGAGCACUGGGAGGGAACUGGGAGCAGACAGCACUCGGAAGCGACUGCAGCCGGCGGCUAGCAGGGCCACGAUAG